AUGGCUCUCGCUGCCAUCUAUCAAGCACUUCCAGAGGACGUCCUUCUCAUGGUGGCAGAGAAGGAUUCUGCCAAGGAAGCAUGGGAGACACUUAAGACGAUGCACGUCGUCGUGGAGCGAGUCAAGGAGGCAAAAGUGCAAACCUUGAGGACUCACUUCGAGGCAACUCGCAUGAAAGACGGGGAGACGGUGGACGAUUUCUCUAUGAAAUUAACAUCAAUUGUGACCGGUAUCCGCUCGUUGGGAGAGAAGGUGGAGGAGAUUUCCGUCGUAAAAAAAUUCCUUCGAGUCGUACCACAAAAAUACAUGCAGAUCGUGACUGUGAUCGAGCAAUUCGGUGACCUAAAAAACAUGACCGUUGAGGAGGUCGUCGGUCGCCUCAAGGUCCACGAGGAGAGACUUCACGGCUACGAAGACCGAGAGGAGGAGAAGCAUCUUUUGCUCACGCAUGAAGAAUGGAAGUCACGGAUGAAGAAAAACAAAGAAACUGUUUGUUUUUCAAGCUCGUCGAGUCGCAACGGCAACGGUGGAGAUAGCCGAGGUCGUGAAAAAGGUCGGGGACAAGGGAGAGGUCGAGGCCUAGGUCGAGGUGACAGCUCAUCUCGACAAGAAGACACCAAACCCCGCAAAAAUAAGAGCACAGUUAAGUGUUAUGCUUGUCAAAAGUACGGGCACUAUGCAUCCGAGUGCCGUAACAAAAAGCCCGACGAGGAAGCAAACCUCACAAAUCUCCAUGACGAUGAGCCAACAUUGAUGUUCGUUGAGGGAGUGGCGAAUCCUUUUCCCGAGGAUGAGGAGACUAAUCUCGAAGAAUUCGUACAACAACCGUCCAAGGAGGAACCAGAGGUACUACUGCUCAACGAAGAGAAAGUCAUGGCAAUCCUACUCUCAAGUGGCGAGGAGUAUAAUCACACUAACGUGUGGUACCUUGACAAUGGAGCAAGCAACCAUAUGACGGGCCAUCGAGAAAAGUUCAAUGAACUCGACGAGAAGAUCACCGGAAAAGUGAAGUUCAGAGACGGUUCCUUCGUUGAUAUCAAGGGUCGAGGAUCCAUAUAG